GCCGGAGACGAGUGGUGGGGGGAGAUGGUCGGUGCGCGCGCGCUCGCGACGAGGAGACCUCGUGCGAGCCAGUCUCAUUGCCGAGCUUAGCCGAGUCGGAGCGAUCGUGCCGCGUCGGUCGGUUUGGUGCGCAACAGUUCGUCCCGACGUUCCGCCGAUGACGUUGAUGUUCGUCGCGCGAGCGAUAUAGGAGGCGAGGAAGAUACGAAGGAAGAGAGCAACGAACAGUCGAGGCGUCGAUAGAAGCGUCAGGCACGCACGCCAGGAAAUGCGGGCGGCGAUCCCGUUUCGCGUUGCCGAGACGUCAAAGUCGCCCAGUUGAUGGGAGAAGCGUCGCUUCUUCGCGCCGCCGAGUGAAGUUUGCCGCUCUCUCUAGCCAAUCGCACGACCUCUCUCGCCCUCCGAAGUCAGUCGCCGGUCUUUCCCACUCUCGAUCGCGAAUUCAAGAAUGUGACAGUGCGCGUCCUCGCGACCGGUCGAACGGACGAGCGUCGAGCAGCAGCGGCGGCAAAGUGGCGAUGGGUGUCGAGAAUCGCGGCACCGUGUCGCGGUGAGAGAAAGAGCCGAGCGCGUGGAAACGUAACGCGAGGAGAUAAAAGAAGAAGAGAGACAAGGACGGACGAUGCGAGCGGAAAAUGUCACUCGGUGAUACGCGCGCACGGAUGACGGGGAGUGAUCGACGGAGCGACGAUCGCGAGUCUGAGGUUGUUGGAGUGUCGUCGCGGCGGCGGUGGUGGUGGUGGCAGCGGUCGUCGUCGUCGUCGUCGUCGUGGUCAUCAUCGCCGUCGCCGUCGUCGUCCUUACACGGUGCCAUCGACGCGGUGGUGCCGGCAUUGGCGACGGUGCGAGCGCCGGAUCGAGGACUCCAGAAACAGCGACGUUGUCGCCUUCCGUCGUCGGGAUCGACGACGUCGUCGCGUCAGCUGUCGGCGAGUUUCCGUUCCUGAAGAGGAUUCAGGCGGCGCCGCGGUAACAUUUCCGCGACGCGACGUCGCCGGUGUACGUCCUACACCGUGCAUACAUACAUACACGCAUAUAUAUACGUACACGUGUGCGCGUCGGUUGUGCCGGGUCGCGAGGUUAAGGCACCGCGUCGCCCUCGAUACGUAUUCGCGACGACCGAGGAAAGUAAAGGCCGGGUGUCGUGCGUGCGCCGACCGAUUCGUUUCGUGCUUACCCUCCCCACGCCCCCCUCCCCCCUCGCCCCUUCUCCCGUCUCCCCGGGAGUCUCUUCCUUCUCUCCGUCCUCUCUCUUUCUCCAUCUCGCGAGAGAAGGCGAGGCGCGCGUAAGGGAUAAGAAGCGUACGACGAUAUACCCAGUAGCGGCGCGCGCGUCCGUCGGUAACCUCGACGGUGACCAGUUGCGUCCCCGCGACUGGUGCAUGUGUGUCGCGUGCGUGCACGCGCGAUCCGGGCGCGUGGUGCGUUUUGCGUCGUCGGUCGCGCGCGGACGACGACGACGUCGACUGGCGUCCGCGAUGCCGACAGUGGCUCGCGCUCACGGCCGUCGUGCGGAUUGUUUGUCCCCGAGAGGUGUCCGUCGACGAUAAACGGGAUACGUGUAAGCGGAGCGAGGUACCUAGCCCCCCCUAUCCCCCACCCCCCACCCCGGUCACCGGGGCGAGAAGAGGAGAGGAAACCGAGACGCGCUUUAAAUCGCGAUAGAUCGGCCGAAAACGAGCGAGAGGUAAAUGAGAGUUCAAGGUCAGCCGGUGGUGCUGUUGGACCCGAGCUCGUCUACGCGGCCAAAAAACUUAUCCGAGGAAGAAGGUGGAUCUCGUUCCUUCGGCUCUCGUUGAAAGUCGGAAAUAAUCCACGCGAGAGAGAAAGAGAGAUAGAGAGAGAGAGAGAGAGAGAGAGAGAAACGCGGCGAGCACUGUUGCUUUACUAGCCGGUCGGUCGGUGGAAAGAGAGAGAGGGAACGGAAGAGAAGAGAAGCGAAGCGAGAGGGGAGUCUGCGGGAAAGAGACAGAGAGAGAGAGAGAGAGAGACCGGAGCUCUUCUGUGCCGCGCGUUGGACUGUCACACUAUUUCGGGAUCGUGAUCGCGCGCGAGAUACGCGCAUAAAUAAAUAUACACGCUUGCGCGACUGUGUUGGUGCGUGUGUGUGCGUCUGCUCCGUAUCGUCUGUGAUCUCGCGGGUGCACGAAAGAGUGUUUUCUUCGGGUUGACAGUGCGUAAUUUGGUGUUUGUCGAAGGUGGGAAGAGAGGAGGAUUUCGCGGAGGAGGAGGAGGGCGUUCGAGGAGCGAGAUUCGCGGCAAGAGUCUCGUGUCCGAGGCGAAACAUCGGCGCGUUCCCGAGCGACCCGCGUGCGGGUGGCCCGGUCGUCACCCCCGCCCGUCACGUCCCUCCCUCGAUUUUCCUACGGCGGCUACGAAAAGGACUGGCCACCAAAUGCGCGUAUCGCAAAUCCUGUUUCAUGUUGAUGUUCUGGAGCAAACGGACGGUGCUCACUAGACGUCUGCUAAAGGCCAAGGUCCGUGGGGAGCAUGAAACCGAGUGUGAAGCUCAAGAGGAUUCAUCGUCACGUACGUUUCAUCGCACGAGCAGCAGCAACACGAGCGGCGGCGCCGCCGGCUACGACAGCAACACGGCCAGUAACGACGACAAAGCGACGACGACGGCGGGUCGACAAGUGAGCGGGCCGGCAGCGUUGGCGGAAGGUGGUGACGCGGUGGUUUACGAGGGCCGCAACACGAGCCGGUUGCACCAGGGCUGCUGCGGCGGCCACUCGAGCCAGGAUGACGACGAGCAGCAGCUGCAGCAGCAGCAACGGCAACACGACCCCGGCCGAUUGCUGAGGUGCAAGGAGCUCCUCAAGACGCUCAAGGAGAACCAACUGGAGAUGCUGCUCGCCGCCGUCGAGAGCGCCGGCGCCGAUCUCGGCUCGUGCGUCCUCGUUCCGCGUCAGCAGCGGCCGGUCGAGGACUAUCCCAUGUACGAUCAGCAACACGAGCAGUACCACAGCAGGCCGCAUCGUCAUCACGGCCGUCACUUUCAGCAGCAUCGCUAUCGUCGCUAUCGGCACCGCUCCAGCAGGCACCACCGCUCGUCCUCCGUCGAGGACGAGCAGGAGAGCUGCUGCUCCGCGUCCGAGGACUCGUUGUCCGCGUCGCCGAUGAGAUUCGACAGGUGCUGCGUCGGCGGGAAGGCGAGCAACGGCGGCAGCGGCGCCGUCGUGCCAGUGAGAGGAUCCACCGAGGGAGGAAGCAGCGGCGCGCCGAGCGAGCCGCAUCUCCUCUGCUGCCAGAUCUGGCGGUGGCCGGAUCUCGAGCACUCGUCGGAGCUCAAGAGACUACCUAUCUGUCAUUCCGCUAAAGAUCCCGUCUACAUAUGCUGCAACCCCUAUCACUGGAGUCGGCUCUGCAAACUCGAAACGCCGCCACCCCCCUAUUGCCUUAUCGCCGACAGACUGAGACCCGAAGAUCGCGCGCCCAGCGAAGGGGAUCAACGUCGGUGCAAAAACAGCACGCCCCUGCCACUUCCCGGCUCGCUUACCACCAACGGAGAAGGUGAGACGGGGCAGAGGGAAUGGUGCACCCUGGCGUACUGGGAGCUAGGCGGUCGAGUGGGUCGUCUGUAUCCCGUGGAGCCGUCAACAGUGAACGUCUUCGACUCGCUCCAUGACGGCGAUGGCCUCUGUCUGGCGACUCUGACCGAGAAUCACAAUGCACUGCCCACGGUCCAACGUACGCGCAGCAAAAUCGGCCUCGGACUAACGCUCAGUCAGGAAGCGGACGGUGUAUGGGCGUACAAUCGGUCAAAGAGUCCAAUCUUCGUGCACUCACCCACCUUGGACGAACCGGAAUCGAGGACCCUGCUGGUUUACCGGGUGCCAUCGGGUUUCUGUCUCAACAUCUUCGAUCGCGCCAAGACUCUGCAGCUUCCAUAUAACGGCGGUGGCGGUGGCGGUAAUGGUGGCCAGACCGCCGGAUUUGCCGCUUCCGGCCCCGUCGACAUUAACUCCGUCCGCAUCAGCUUCGUCAAAGGCUGGGGACCCAAGUACUCGCGACAGGAAGUCACCUCCUGCCCGUGCUGGCUCGAAGUCCUCUUGGCGCCGUGUAGGUGAUCGUCCCCCAGGCUAGCCGGGCCGAAAGGAUAUUGUCAAGUCUCGUCCCAAACCCGCUCUUCUUCCUCCUCGUUGUCGUCGUCGUUAUUGUUGUUGUUGUGCUCGGGGAAGAUCGCUGAUAAUGAUGCGACCGUGGCCUUUAGCUCCGUCCUAACGAGAGCUGUGUUAAUAAUGACUAAAUGAAACGAAAAAAAAACGUGCCGGGGGCGACCGCCAGCGACAUGUGCUGGGGUUGCCCCAACAACCCCAAGCAGUCUUACCAAAGUACACGCCGUAAAAAUAAUACGUCUAAGGAACAACGUCGCGUUCCGUUUCGACAGUAGAACGAGAGGUAGAAACGAAGAUCGGAAAUCGUUCGCCGAGCGUGUUUAUCGAGCGCGUACGAACGGAGGAAUUUACAUUAACGAGUGGUACAUGGGAUUUUUCUUACGAAACGUGUGUUUGAUUCGAUUAAUUUUUUUUAUUCUCGAUAAUUUAGGAUCGUCGAUGUUACUCUCGAGAUUCAUGUGAGAAUUUUCGACAAGGGAAGCGGAGAGUCGGGCUUCCGAUAGGUCUAGUCACUUGCGUUUAUGGUCUGCAUGCGCCGAUUCACGAAUUCGCGUGCAUGGAUUCUGAAUUCAACAUGGCAGGGGAAAUUCUUAGUCUUAUAAAGAUGAAACAUGAAGCAAAGAAUAAUAUCGACAAAGAGGUAUGCAGGUCAAAUAUUUUUUACAAUUUUGCUCCGUUUUUUUUUUCCAAAAGUGAUUACU